CUUGAUUUUCCUGUUGGUGUUGCUGAUUGAAGCUCUGUCAUUGAUGCGACAUGCUUUACUUUUAGCUUCAAAGAGUGGAGUGAAGCUUGGAAGAUGACUCAUUAGACGAACUCCAACCAAUUGUACAGAUAUUCCUACUUUGUCACUAAAGGGCAAAGCUUGGGUCUAGUACACUGGACCCAACACAAUAUGAACACAUGUGUUUGGUGUUAGCUACAGGCCCAAGAUAUUAGAGAGAUUAAUAAGAUGGAAAUCAAACUACGCCCCUACCAAUUAUCUGAUGUGGAUGACUUCAUGGAAUGGGCAUGCGAUGAUCAAGUCAUACGCACGAGCAGACUAAGGUACUACACUUCAAGAGAAGAUGCACUUGAUUAUCUUAGGGAAGUUGCCAUUCCUCACCCAUGGUACCGGGCCAUAUGCUUGGAGGACCGUCCAAUUGGAUUCAUAUGUGUCAAACCAGGGUUUGACUAUGAGAUAUGUAGAGGGCAAAUCAGCUAUGCUCUUGGAUCAAAGUAUUGGAACAAAGGUAUAACCACAGAGGCAGUGAAAUUGGUUAUUUCUAGUGUGUUUGAAGAGUUUUCAAAUAUGGAGAGAUUGGAAGGCUUUGCUAAUGUGGAAAUUAAGGCCUCACAAAGAGUUUUGGAAAAGGCUGGGUUUCAAAAGGAAGGUGUACUUAGGAAAUAUGUCAUUGUCCAUGGGAAGACUAUUGAUGUUAUUAUGUAUAGCUUUUUAAAAACUGAUCAAACUAAUUGAAGAAUUGCGAGAAAAUCCUUCACAACGCUUGGAGCAAAACUCGUGUCCUUAGGCCAUGAUUGAAGCUGCUAUUUAGGCAAAUUCCUUUGUUUAGGUCCUAAAAUUUGUGUUUUUGCCUUUUUUAACACUUUAUUUUUUAAAAUUUCCAUUGUAACUUUUAAAUUAAAGUCAGAAUAAUGUCUUGUCUAUUAUGGGACAUCUCCUAGAAAUAUUAGUAUUUAGUUUUGCAAUUA